AUGGCGACGAACGUGCUCGUCGUCGGGGGGGGGGGGCGCGAGCACGCGUUGUGCUGGAGGUUGGCGCAGAGCGCGUCGGGGGGGGCGGUGUUCUGCGCGCCCGGAAACGCCGGGAUCGCGCGCGAGCGCGGGGUGGAGGUGGUGGAGGUGGAUGAACGCGAUCACGCCGCGGUGGCGCGGUUUUGCGCGGAGCGGGACGUGGGGUUGGUGGUGGUCGGACCGGAGGCGCCGCUCGUGGACGGCUUGGCGGACACGUUGACGGCGAAUGGGGUUCCGGUGUUCGGGCCGAGCAAGAGCGCGGCGCGAUUGGAGGGCUCGAAGGCGUUCAUGAAGGAUUUGUGCGCCAAGUAUAACAUUCCGACCGCGGAGUACGCGAAGUUUACGGAUCCGGUCGAGGCGAAGGAGUACAUCAAGUCCAAGGGGACGCCUAUAGUCGUCAAGACGGACGGCUUGGCCGCGGGUAAGGGCGUGAUCGUGGCGAUGAACAUGGACGACGCGCUCAACGCCGUGGAUGAUAUGCUCACGAACGCCGUGUUUGGUAGCGCCGGGAACGAGAUCGUGGUCGAAGAGUUUUUGGACGGCGAGGAGGCUUCGUUCUUCGCCGUCGUUGGCGGUGGCAAGGCGGUUCCUCUUGCGAGCGCUCAGGAUCACAAGCGCGUGGGCGACGGAGACGUCGGUCUGAACACCGGGGGUAUGGGAGCGUACUCUCCCGCCGCCGUGGUGACGCGAGAGAUCGAGGACGUCGUCAUGCGCGACAUCAUUCAACCCACUGUGGACGGCAUGGCGGCGGAGGGUUGCCCGUUCACGGGUGUCAUCUUCGCGGGUCUUAUGAUCAGCAAGGACGGCAAGGUUAAGCUCCUGGAGCAUAACAUUCGCUUCGGUGAUCCGGAGUGCCAAGUUUUGAUGGCCCGCAUGACAAGCGACCUCACGGCACUCCUUCUCGCCGCCGCCAAGGGUGAGCUCGAUUCGGCGCCGAAACCAACGUGGUCGGACGAAUCCGCCGUUGUCGUCGUCAUGGCCGCCAACGGCUACCCAGGCUCAUACGCCAAGGGAGAGAAGAUCUCCAACCUGGACGCCGCGGAUGAGAUCGAGGGCGUCAAGGUGCUCCACGCCGGGACGAUCGCGAGCGAAUCCGGCGACGUCCUAUCCGCUGGAGGCCGCGUCCUCGGUGUCACCGCCUACGGCGCCUCCAUCACCGAGGCCGCCGCUCGCGCCUAUGAUGGCGUUAAAACCAUCGUCUGGCCCGGCGGUUUCAACCGCAAGGACAUCGGCUGGCGCGCCAUCGCCCGGGAGAAGUCUCAGUGA